UUUGGACGGCAGGAAGCUGAAAGAGUCCCGAGUAGAAGCGGAUAAACUAACGGUUCUGUUCUGCCGAACCGAGCCGGUUCUAACCGGGUCACAAAGCGGAACACAUGGCGUCCAAUCGGCUUCUGUGGCUCGCCGCCGUCUGGUUCCUCAGCGCCGCGUGGGCCGAACAGCGGCAGCUCUCAGCAGAAAACCUGCUGGUCGUUACCGCAGCAACGGAGGAGACGGACGGUUUCAGGCGCUUCAUGAAAACGGCGGCGCAGUUCAACUACAGCCUGAAGGUGCUGGGCCUCGGGGAGGAGUGGAAGGGCGGAGACGUGGCCCGGACGGUGGGCGGAGGUCAGAAGGUCAGGUGGCUGAAGGAGGAGCUGCUGAAGCAUUCAGAGGACCAGCAGCUGGUCGUCAUGUUCGUGGACAGCUACGAUGUGAUUCUGGCGGCCGGUCCAGACGAGCUUCUGACCCGGUUCUCCUCUCUGGGCCACCGGGUCGUUUUCUCUGCCGAGGGGUUCUGCUGGCCCGACCAGCGCCUGGCCUCCAAGUACCCCCAGGUGCAUUCUGGGAAGCGCUACCUGAACUCUGGAGGAUUCAUCGGGUUCUCCUCGGACCUGGCCGCCAUCGUCCAGCAGUGGAAGUUCAGGGACAACGACGACGACCAGCUGUUCUACACCCGGAUCUACCUGGACCAGAAGCAGAGGACCCGGUUCAACAUGACUCUGGACCACCGAUCCCAGAUCUUCCAGAACCUCAACGGCGCCAUCGACGAGGUCGUCCUGAAGUUUGAGAGGUCAAAGGUCAGAGUGAGGAACGUGGCCUACGACACGCUUCCUGUGGUUAUCCACGGCAACGGACCCACCAAGCUGCAGCUCAACUACCUGGGAAACUACGUCCCAACGGCCUGGACCUACGAACACGGCUGUGGAGGCUGCGACGACGACCUGCUGUCGCUGGGCGACCGCCAGGACGCAGACCUCCCUCUGGUCUUCCUGGCCGUCUUCAUCGAACAUCCGACUCCCUUCAUGGACGAGUUCCUGGAGCGUCUGGCCACCAUGAGCUACAGCAAGACCCGGAUCCGGCUCUUCAUCCACAACAACGUCGUGUACCAUGAGCAACACAUCCAGCGGUUCUGGGAGCGCCACAGGGUUCUGUUCCCUGACGCGGUUCUGGUCGGACCUGAGGAGAACCUGCCAGAGGAGAAGGCCAGAACCAUGGCAAUCGAGGCGUGCCAGAAGAACCCGGCCUGCGAUUACUUCUUCAGCAUCGACUCGGACGUGGCGCUGACCAACCCGGACACGCUCCGGAUCCUCAUAGAGGAGAACAAGUCCGUCAUCGCCCCCAUGCUGUCCAAACACGGCAAACUGUGGAGCAACUUCUGGGGCGCUCUGAGUCCGGACGGGUUCUACUCGCGCUCCGAGGAUUACAUCGAGAUCGUCCAGGGCAAGAGGGUCGGGCUCUGGAACGUCCCCUACAUCACCCAGGUCUACCUGGUGAAGGGCAGCGUCCUGCGGUCCAAACUGUCCCAGGUCAGCCUGUUUGUGGACGAAGGAAUGGACCCGGACAUGGUGUUCUGCAGAACCAUCAGGGACCAGGGCGUCUUCAUGUUCGUCUCCAACCGAGACGAGUUCGGCCGGCUGGUGGCGUCCGCCACCUUCAACACGUCCAGACUCCACCCGGACAUGUGGCAGAUCUUCGACAACCCGCUGGACUGGCGGGAGAAGUACAUCCACGAGAACUACUCCAAGAUCUUUGAGGAGGGCAGCGGCGUGGUGGAGCAGCCCUGUCCAGAUGUCUACUGGUUUCCAGCUUUCUCUGAGAAGAUGUGUGAUCACAUGGUGGAGACCAUGGAGGACUUCGGCCAGUGGUCCGGAGGGUCCCACAAGGACGAGCGUCUGGCCGGCGGCUACGAGAACGUCCCCACCGUGGACAUCCACAUGAACCAGGUCGGCUUCGAGAAGGAGUGGCUCAAGUUCCUCAAGGACUACAUCGCCCCCGUCACCGAGAAGCUCUACCCUGGAUACUACCCCAAGGCCCACUCCAUCAUGAACUUUGUGGUCCGGUACCGUCCAGACGAGCAGCCGUCUCUGCGGCCGCAUCACGACUCGUCCACCUUCACCAUCAACAUCGCGCUGAACAGGAAGGGCAUCGACUACCAGGGCGGAGGCUGCCGGUUCCUGCGCUACGACUGUAAGGUGGAGUCUCCCAGGAAGGGCUGGUCCUUCAUGCACCCCGGCCGCCUCACCCACUACCACGAGGGCCUGCCCACCACCCAGGGCACCCGCUACAUCAUGGUGUCCUUCGUCGACCCCUGAUGACCCCAGGGGGGCGUGAGUCGUGGUGGUGGACCUGAACGCAUCAUCGCCAUCAAACGGACAGAAAAACACGUCACACUUCCCGGCCCUGAACGCAUCGCGGCCGAGCUUUUCACAAUAAGAGUCUUUAAUCAGAGGUCACUGUGCUGCUGUACCUGAGUCUCCAGGUGUGUGUGUGUGUGUGUGUUCAGGACUUUAACUCAUCAGGGGGCGCUCUGUCACCAUAGUGACCUCCAGCAAGUUACCAUGGUGACGCUCCAGCAUCCAAUCACCAUUUGACCCAAAGAGGUUCUGAUUGGACGAUCGUUAUUAUUUAUGGGAUGUUUAGACUUUACGGUUACCGGGGCAACGCUAGAGGGUUUUAUACUGUUGUAAAUGUUUAGCUGUGAGGUUCUGGUUCUGGACCGGUUCUGUCUGGAGGACGCAGAACAAACCGCUCUAAGUUAUUUGUUUCAAGGAACUGAAUAAAGUUUUAGUAAGCUGA